ACGAGCAAAGACAUGGUUUGUCCAUAAAAGCUAGUGCAAAGUUGAUGAAAUUUGUUGAAGACGGAAUGGAGAGUCCUUCCCCAUACCACUAUGCCUUAACAGCAUUUCACCUCAGUUUUAUUAUCAACCUUGUUUUCUCUGGUCAAGCAGUUGAAUCCCCGGAGUAUACACUGAUACACCAGCAAUCAGAUUUUGAGAUCAGACUAUACAAAGACAUCUCUUGGAUGUCUGCUCCUGUUCUCCAAGCAACUUCUUUUCAGAAAUCUACCAAAGCUGGCUUUCACAGGCUUUAUCAGUACAUUCAUGGUGCAAACCUCAACUCUACUCAGCUUGCCAUGACUGCUCCUGUUCUAACAACCAUCACAGAGGCACCACAUGGAUCUUCGUUCUUCGUGAAGAUGUCCCUGUCAGCUUAUUACGAAGGGACCCCUCCACAGCCGAAUUCUGAACUUGAUUUGCAGUUGGAGAAAUGGAGAGCAAAAUGCAUUGCAAUUAGAAAGUUUUCUGGGUUUGCCAGGGAUGAUAACAUUGGUGAAGAAGUAGAGGCUCUCGGGACCAGUCUAAAUGAGCACUGGAAUGGAACCUUGGAAAAUAAGAGUUCCUACACGAUUGCCCAGUAUAAUGCUUCCAACCAUCUCUCUGGGCGCUUCAAUGAGGUAUGGAUGGCGGUUUCUGGCUUUGGUGCAGAGGGAUGCUCAUCUCAUGGCAGCCAUGAUCAAGGGAAAUAUUGAUUUGCCAUGCGUAGAAAUUAGCAGCAUCUAGAAAACUGCUGAUUUGGUAAUGUGAUUACAUGAUCUUGGGAUGAUCAGUGAUUAUUAUGUCAAAAAAACAUCAUCUGGACAUGCCUCUUGUUAUUGAUAAUAAAAUGCUAAUGUGAUCAGA